AGGGGGAGGAAUGAAUAAAGAAAAAUUGUUACGUUAAUUAAUUAAUUGUCUUUUAGUUAAUUGUCGUAUAAUUAAGAUAAAAUAUUCUACAAUUAUAAUAAAUUGCUGCUCAUCGUAUUCUUUACAUCAGUUGAUUACUUUGUCUUUCUCUUUUUCUAUCUUUUUGAUUACAUUGAUUAUCUUUUGAGUUUUCUUUUUUCUAAUGGUCAAUUAAUAUGGUUGUAAAUGUGAUUAAGAGAGUUAAUCUACUCAACUCGCCGAUUAAAACUCUACAAAGGCUUCCGCCGAGGACAUUCACCACUGUUGUUAGUGAGAAAAUUGAAGAUUUUACCAUUUCCAAUGAGCCACUUUUAAGUUAUCUUUCCAAUAGUAAGGAGAGGAAGGCCUUACAAGAAUCGUUGGCUAAAUUAUCAACGACCUGUUACAAUGUACCGAUUGUCAUAAAUGGUCAAGAAUUUACUAGUGACCAUGUUAAAUCACAAGUUAUGCCUUUUGACCAUUCAAAGUCUCUUGCAAAAUACUAUUGGGCUACACCGGAAUUGUUGAACAAAGCAAUUGAAACUUCGUUAGAGAGAAGGGAAAAAUGGGAACAAGUACCGUUAAAGGAAAAGAUUCAUAUUUUUCUUCGAGCAGCCGAUUUGGUGGCUACAAAGUAUCGUUAUGAUCUUCUAGCGGCAACGAUGCUUGGUCAGGGUAAAACGGUUUUCCAGGCCGAAAUCGAUGCAGCCGGUGAAUUUGCUGAUUUUUUACGAUUCAAUGCAUUUUUUGCCAAAGAAAUGAUUAAAUAUCAACCAAUCAGCGAGAAUCCGUCGGUUUUGAAAAAUAGUUUCCGCUACAGAGGAAUUGAAGGUUUUAUUGCUGCGAUUUCACCUUUUAAUUUCACCGCGAUCGGCGGUAAUCUCGCCUCAGCACCAACGUUAAUGGGUAACGUUGUCCUGUGGAAACCCUCGGACACGGCGAUACUUUCCAACUAUCUUUCAUUCAAGAUACUCCAAGAAGCGGGUGUCCCUCCUGGCGUAAUUAAUUUCGUUCCUUCCGAUGGACCAGUUUUCGGUGAUUCAAUCACAUCUUCCCGUUGGUUGGCUGGUAUUAAUUUCACUGGAAGCGUUGGAACCUUUAAACAUCUUUGGAAACAAACGGCUUCCAAUUUAGACGUUUACCUUAAUUAUCCUCGAUUAGUGGGUGAAUGUGGUGGUAAAAAUUAUCACUUCGUUCACUCAUCAGCUGAUGUCGUUAAUGUUUCUGUUAACAGCAUUCGAUCAGCCUUUGAAUAUAGUGGACAAAAGUGUUCAGCAUGUUCCAGACUUUACGUUCCUAAAAGUAAAUGGCCUGAGAUUAAAUCAGAAAUGUUAAAAAUUAUCAAUGAAAUGAAAGUUUCUAGUCCAUUAGAAUUUGAUAGUUUCACUUCAUCUGUAAUCGACGAGAAAGCUUUUAAUCGUAUUCGUGGUUACAUUGAUCAUGCCAGAGAAAGUUCAUCUUGUCAAAUUAUCGCCGGCGGGGAAGUUGAUAAAUCAAUUGGUUACUUUAUUAAACCGACAAUCAUUGAAUGUAAUGAUUUAAAUGAUAGACUAUUUAAUGAGGAAAUCUUUGGUCCAGUUUUAGCUGUUUAUCAGUACGAAGAUUCAAAUGUCCAAGAAACACUUCGACAAGUUCAUCGAAACACUCAUUUUGCUUUAACUGGAGCUAUUUUCGGCCAAGACCCUAAAUUUUUACAAAUGGCUGCUGAAGAGUUGAAAAUGUCGGCGGGUAAUUUUUAUAUCAACGAUAAAUCAACUGGAGCUGUAGUGGGACAACAACCAUUUGGUGGAAGCCGAUUAUCGGGUACCAAUGAUAAAGCGGGUGGACCUCAUUAUUUACUUCGUUGGACAUCACCUCAAACAAUUAAAGAAUCAUUUAUUAAUCAAAGAGAAUGGAAAUAUCCUUACAUGACAUGAGAUGAUUCAAAUGAUUUGACAAAAACAGAGACAAACACAAACACACAAUGUGAAUAACAAUGAAGAUACAAUUAAUUUUUAAAAUACAAUUGAAGGUUUGUUUGCUGUGACAAACAAAUUUCUAUUCAACAAUUAGGUUUAAAUGUUUUAUAAACAAUUAAUUUCAAGUGUAUUUGACAUUUAUUUGAAAAAAUAGACAAACACACUGGCUGUAAACAAAGUGACCAUGGAGGUGAUUAAAAUUGAAUUUAACUGACCAGUUGA